AUGGCGUCGACAGUGGAAGCCCGCUUGGCGGCUAUCGAAUCAAAGCUGGGAAUUUUUGCUGGAAAGUCAGCUGCGACAGGAGACAAUUUGGAUAAGAGAUUGGAUGACCUGAAGGCCCUCUAUGAAGACAAAACCGAUGCUGCAUUUCGAGAGAGUUUUGCCGAGUCGGAUCGGUUGAUUGAAGAGCUGGAUGCUGGAACUGCUCUUACUCAUCAAACCAGCGUCUCGUCUACUCCUCUCUACUACCGUCGUCAAGAAGUCUUGUCCGCGGCCGACGGAAUGAAGAGCGAUUUUGACCAGCUGAUCGAGAUCCUCAAUCUGCUGCUUGUCUCUCAGCCUCCCAGGGAAGGAGGCUCCGCGCCACUGCGCGAAGAAGAAGUAACACAGGCCCCCAUUAUCACCACUCCUCCAGCGUCCGAAGAGCACGCCAAGAGAUUGGUUGAAUUGAAGGGAAACAUUGAUGAUCUGAAUUCUCGCACUCAAGCCGUUGCUGGACGCGUAGAUGCUCUACUCAAGUUGCAUUACGCCCUCAUUGCGACAACAUCUGAGAAGCUCGUGGUUGCAGAUGAAGUAGUUUACGCCAAAGAACAAGCAGCAAAGUAG